GGCUUCGGCCACUUAAACAGCCAGAUAGCCCAGUUCCCCUACAUCCGGGAGAUAAAUGUAGUGAAUUAGCACAAUCAUCAGUAAUUAGUAAUUCACGAGUGGUGUAUUUGAAACAGUGCACGUUCAAGGAGUGUUUUGGAAGCCGGGACAUAUUUUCAUGAUUUUCGAUUUGUCCCGAUCCGAGGUACGUGCUCGUGUUUUUAAAUCCCCCCUUUUCGUUGAAAAUACCCUAGAUGAUUUCUGUUAUCGCUACUGGGAAACACAAAGAAUUGAAAAAUGGCCCGUGAAACAUGACUCAUUUUUGAUGUGCUGCUGUAACUAUUUCCCUGUGGCCAAUUUAUUCUCAGUCUGAGCACGGCGCCAAAAUGCUCUUGAAGUUUUGGAAAUCUCCACUCUUCAAACAAUAUUAUUGGUCGUUGACAUGCAAUUAUCUGGUAUUCGCCUCAGCCAUGUGCUUUGCAUGGGUUGGACCGAUGACACCAUAUUUGUUGAGCUGCAACCACAACUACAAUAUAUCGUCCGAUGGGAUUUCUUGGUUAGUUUCAAUAAUAGAACUAGGCGCUUUGGUCGCUCCGAUUCCAUCUGGGAUGUUAGCCGACAGAUUCGGAAGAAAACCUGUUUUACUGGCCAUCCCGGUGUUCUUCCUACUGAGCUGGUUCGUGUACUUGUGGUGUGAAAAUACAGUCUUACUUAUGAUAGGCAGGGUGUUACAAGGAAUCGGAUUGGGUGUCACGUUCACCAUUGUACCGAUUUACAUAGCGGAAAUCGCCGAGCCGAAUAUAAGGGGAAGGUUGACCGGACACAUCCAGACGUUAUGGUACCUUGGGAUAUUGAUAUCCUAUGUUGCUAGUUUGAACCUAGACCUUCCUUAUUACUCACUACUCUGCAUCGUCGUAUCCAUUAUUAAUAUAAUUUUGCUAAUAACGAUCAAAGAAACGCCUUAUUAUUUCUUAAUGAAAUCUCAAGAUUUGAAGGCGUCCGAUGUCAUGAGUCGAAUUAGACCGUUGGAAAAAGUAAAUAGCGAUUUGAAGGAAUUAAAACCCGCUGUUGAAGAUGAGAUGAAGAGAAAAGGCUUUAUUCAAUUAUUCAAAACAGAGAAAGACAGAAAAGCUUUAUGGAUUGUUCUUUUGGUCAACGCGAUAAGAUAUUUAACUGGGAUGCCUUCAAUGAUCAACUAUGCAACUGAUACUUUCGGAACUUCACCAAAAUUACCUAUGUCUAAAGAAACUCUUACGAUUUUACUCGGUGUCCUUCUUACAUGCGUAGCUUUGAUGUCGGCAUACCUGUCCGAUAUCGUCGGCAGAAGGAGUCUUCUGUUAAUCUCUGGCACGGGAUGUUUCAUUUCGCACUUCUUCCUCGGUCUGUAUUUCUACAUUGUCGAAAAGGACUACUCGACCCUCCCUCAUUCAUUGCUGUUCGUCGGAUUGAUCGGUUUUUGCGUCUUUUCCGACAUCGGCUUGGCGCCGAUUUCACAGAUUCUUCAGGCCGAGAUGUUCCCGUCGAACACCCGCGGGAUCGGCGGCGGGGUGGCCAGCUCUUUCGCCAGCGUCGCCAGCUUCGUCAACCUGAUAACCUACGAGCCCGUCACCCGAGCUUUUGGCGUCUACAUGAACUACUGGAUAUACGCAACGAUUUCCCUCGUCGGCACUGUGUUAAUAAAUUUCUCCAUCAAAGAAACAGCUGGAAAGACUCUCCAUCAGAUAAAUUUAGAAUUGAAUUCUAACGAAAUCGUCUCUAAGAAAAAUGGUACAGAAACGAAGCCAUAGAGCUAAACGACUUUUUUGUAAUUAAUAAAUUAGUCAAUUAGUGCGUAAUGAAGUGAGUGUGAUAACCACGUGACAUGUUUUACCAAAGCCCUUUUAUUUUUGUACAAAAUAAAUUUUCUUAACAUCAAGCUAUCUUUGAGUGUCACUUAUUGGCUGUCACGUUUACCAUUGGUUUGUCGUCUACAUGUCUAUUUAUGUAUGAAAGCUUCAGGUUAAAAAUGAUCUGAUGUCAGUAAGUAUUAUAGAUAUUCAUUUACACUUGUAUUUAUUUGUCUAUUUUCUAGGUAUAAAUAAAAUUA